GGUGGAGUCUGGGAUCGUGGCUGACAUCGAGGUCGACAGUUUGCUGCCUUCAGGCUGCGACACCUUCUACCAGAUCAAGAGUCAGCCAAUCAGCAUCAGUACAUCGGCAGCAGCUUCCUCCUCUUCCUCCUCUUCCUCCUCACUGCCGUCAGUCAUGUCAUCCAGGGUUUUGAUGCGUCAGGAUUUGAUGCGUCAGCAGGCUCUGGAGGAGGAGCAGAAGGAGGCGCAGCAGCAGCAGCAGCAGCUCCUCCGCUCAACAGACCCCUCCUCCCCCAUCUCUGUGUCUGCGUCCUCCUCCUGCAGACCUCCUGCUCAGGUCCCUGUGGAGGUGCUGAAGGUGCAGACUCACCUGGAGAAUCCCACCAGGUAUCACAUUCAGCAGGCUCAGAGGCAGCAGGUGCGUCAAUAUCUCUCCACCACACAGACCACUGUGACCGGCAAGGCAGCCAAUCAGGAGCCAGCUGGACCAUCCCCAAGCCACUCCCCCCAGCUGGGCCCCGCCCCCAAACUACAGCCAGUAGACGGCAAGCAGGAA